AUGGGUCGCGAAACGGUGCUGUUCCCCGUAACAUGGGAGGCCGACGCCUGGCCCGUCCUCUCGCCUGUCCAGGGGCACAUUAGCGGCUGGCCGCUUCCGAAACGCACGCGCGAUGUGCGUGGUAGCGUGGCGUUUGUGGGGGAUCCGGAUGUUGUUGAUUUCCACCCUGGUUCCAAGAUCCCGGCGCACUUCGUGCACUUGACUUCGCCGCAGGAAAUGAGCUUGAUUAUGCGGGUGCAGACGGAUACGCGGUUUGUGUUUAGUGUUGAUGUUGUUGAUUUCUCCCCGGAGAAGGAGGGGGAGGAGGAGACGGGGGUUACAGCGUUUUUGACGCAGACGCAGCAUUUGGAUUUGGGGAUCGUGAUGCUGGAUACUGGUAAGCGUGAUAAGAGGGGGAAGGAGGAGUUGGGGCUGCAUAUGAGACUCAGGGUUACGAAUGUGCCGGGUUCGGCGGUGAAUUUUGGGGGGGUAGAGACGGUUGUUAGACCGUUGCCGAGGGGGUGGGAGGGGGCGCCGAUUAGGCUGGGCGUUAAGGCGGUUAAUGAGACGCAUUAUGAGUUUUUUGCGGCGUCGGUUAGGAAGCCGAGGGAGGUCGAGGUUAUGGGCACAGCGCCUGCGACGAUCUUGAGCGGUGGGGAUGGUCCGUUCACAGGUACGCUCGUCGGAGCAUAUGCUACGAGUAAUGGCGGCGCAGGAAAGACAGAAUCAUACGUCAGUAGAUGGCGAUACCAAGGGAAGGGCCAGGACAUUGGCAAUGGAGAAACAGUGCCAUACACCCCCUUUGUCGUCGGUUGAGCAGAGAGAGAGAGAGAGAGAGAGAAGGCUGGCAUACGACCCGCAACAUCUUUACUGAUCUUUUAAAU